UGAGAAUCACUGUUUUGGCUGAUGUCUGAUCUUCGCUGUGGUGAUAAAAAAGUUCGUGGUCGUCGUCGCUUCUAGAAAAUACUUUUGUGCGUUGUGCAUUUUUCGGAUCAAUUUUCCUUCUAAAUCCUGCCGGGAAAAGUGAAAAAAAAACUAUUACGGUUGUGCCAUAUCUUGCAGUGAAUGCGAUUCCGGUGAAGUUUUUGUGGAUUAAGUAAAAUCGCAAAGUGUUGUUUCCUGUUUUAAAUCUAUCGAUUCGGGCAGCAGGAUCCUGAUUUUUUUGUGAGGGUGUUUUUUUUUUAUCCUGGUGAUUCCAACGAUUCCAACAGCGCCGUCGUCGUAGAAGCAGAAUCGUCUGCAGCUUUUUUCCUGUGUCCAGUGUUUUAUUAAUCCGGUCAAAAUUUGCAUCGUAAAGAUGGAUCUGUUGAAGAAGAUGAUGGGCCUGGACGGCCACAAGGAUGACGACGAGGACAAGAGGAAGAAAAAACCGGCUGUCAAGGACGAGUUUCGGAAGCCAAUUUGGGUAGAAGAAUACGACAGCGAUGAUGAUCUUUUCGACAACCAAAAAAUUUUUGGUGUUCAAAUUUUCACCAAUCCAUUGGAGAUUCAAAAACAUUUCGAACAUCAAAUCCAAGAAAUGAUGAAAAGCCUGGAGGAAUACGAUGAAUCCGUAAAACCGUUCGAUCGUAGCCUUAAGCAGGAUUUCCUCAAGCCCGGCUUUGAGAACGAAAUCAAGAAGGAGCUCCAAAAAGAAAAACGUCUUGAUACCGAUUUAGACGGAGAAAUCUAUCCGGAUCAGUUACAUACCUUGUUGCAACGGAUUUCUCCCAAUUUGAAGGAGCUCCUACCGAAGAAAAAGCAACCGGAGGUCAACACGAUGCAGCAACCAAAGCUUAAGUUGACCGAUGAGCAAAAGAUAAUGGACUGGAUCCAUGGCUACAAAGAAACGGAACCGCAGGCACUGGCUCCACGACCGCGUCCACCUCGCAAGAUUCCUUCGCAACGCUAUCACGACGGAAUUUUCGAGGGAACGUUCCAAGGGCCAAGGAUGUUCGGCCAGAGCAUCAUUUCACAAACGAUCCGUAAACCUGACGGGACUUACGAAACGCGUAAAACGGUCCGUGACUCUGAAGGCCACACUAAAACAACCAUUACCCGUUCGACCAAGGACGGGCAAAAAGAAACCAUAACAACGUAUGGUGACGAAGGAGGGUCUACUUCGAAGCCGUUCUUCGAAAACGCAACACCACAAUCAGGUGGUGGCACCAAUGACGCUUCUGUUGCCGCCGCUAUGCUUGGAGUGGAUCAAUGCUUCCGCAAGCAUCUCUUCUCUAAGAAUGGUUACGUUUUGCCGAAGAACCUCUGGUGACUUCAAGCGCAGACAAACCGUAAUGAGCUAACUACAACACUAGUAGAUCAUCGGUUCAGUUUCCAUUUCUCUUAUAAUACUUACUUCCCUACCGUCGUCAUCGGGGUGUCGGCCACAGCCUUCAACCUCCGAUUAUUGUCGUCGUUUAGUGAGCCAAAUAUGUGUGUAGUAGAAGUAGAUCAAUUCCACUCAGUUAGUGAGUGGAAUAAUCAUCGUAGACUUAACCAUCCAGAUAACCAUUGCUACUAUUCUAUCAAAGCCUGUAUGAAUACCGGCCAUAUGGCGGAUGAUAAAGAUGUAUCAGAGCAACGGACAGAAACAGUCUGGCACAGCAGCAAUACCGAAUGUCCUGUCGUCGUUUUAGUUUUAUUAAUAUGUAAUUUAGUUUUAGCUUUAGUAUUGAUGAUUAGUUUAAGUAGAGUUCAAUUUUUGAUUUUGUGGUACAACAAUUGCAACAUUAGCUAUCAGCACCUCGCUGAGGGAGCCUCGGCGAUCACACAGCAACGGGUCGAACGAACCAGUAUUAUGGCCAAUACACGGCAACAACUUGGACGGUUAUGAAAACAAGUUCAACUGGUUAGAAGGUUCAACCGUUGUUACGCUGUACUGGACGCCACCUCAGCUGGGAGACGUUUGUGUUUGUGAUAUUUUUUUACGUUAGACAGUUAUCGAUACGAUUUAUCGAAUAAGUUUGCUAUUAUUAGUCUUAAUCAUUUGAACAGCUGAUUUUUGUGGCUGGGCCUCCUCGUUCUCUCGGGGGUCAGCCACUUACAUGAAGCAUAAGACUAAAUUUUUCGAAGCAACUCGCGGUAAGACACGUGCACUCACAAUUACCUAUACGCAGGAGGAAAGUGAAUAGAAAUAUUACAAGAAGAGUGCGUGUGUGCGCGUAUUAGGUAGAUAUUUUCCAGGUGACUGAAAAGAAGAGUAAAUUACAUAUAUAUUUUUAUCAUGUAAGAAAUUUUAUUCGAUCGGUAAAAACAGAUUUUUUUCAAGAACAGAAAGAGAAGAAUGAAGGGAAACAAAAUAUUCUGAAAAAGUGUGGAAGGCUCUAUACGCAUCCAUGGAAAUUAUAUUGUCAACAACUUAACAAGCAACAUUACAUACAAUUAUCUCUAUCAUAAUACAUGGCUUUCCCUACCAACUUAAAACCGUCUUACAAACAAAUAUAUAAAUCAUUAGAAUGCUAAUAAUCAGCAUUUCUCUCUUUGUGGAACUAUA